CUUGCCGUAACCGGACAACACACAGAGCAGAUUGAGGGAUUUCAUUCAAAGUCAAUGACAUGUUAAAAAAGAAAUAAUAUACAUUACAGCCAAAAAUAAGACUUAAACACAAAGAGACAGAAAAGAAAGGGCAACAGCGACAGCAUCGCAGACAGAAGCUGGAACCUGUGUAUAGACACCUUGUCUAUCUGCCCAUCUGUGAUUCUGUGGAGAAGCCCUGACCUCUUUCCUUUAAGAUAUACAGUCUACAACCGACCUUCACCCCGCCCCUGCCACGUGAUUUAAGUGGACAGAUGAUAUUGCCACCCCCUAAAACUGUUGCCACAAAGACAGUGAGGAGGAAGUAGACUGGUGCCAAACUGUGCAUCAUAAGUCUCUGAGGCUGGGUAGAGAGAAGUCAGUUGUUUGAGAUAUGCCCUCACCUCCCAAUGAUGGAGACGAUCAAGAAACGUCCCCCAUGAACAUGCCACCAACACUGUCCAGUCAGAAUGGAGUAAAGAGGAAGGUCCACACCAAGAAGAAGAAGAAGGGUUUCAUCACAGCCAACGUUGCAGGAACAAAAUAUGAGAUUGUUCGUAUUGUCAUUGAGGAGAUGACCUUUCAUAAAGCCAGAGAUGAUGAUGAGAUGGCCAAUCUCACCUGGAAUGACUCUGCUGUGCAACAUGAGAAAAUUGCUGAGCUCAGGAACUAUCAGAGAAUAAACCAUUUCCCAGGAAUGGGUGAGAUCUGUCGGAAAGACUGCUUGGCAAGGAACAUGGCCAAAAUGAUUAAAAGUCAGCCUCAGGAAUAUAGCUUCAUCCCCAAAACCUGGAUCUUCCCAGCCGAAUGCACGCAGUUCCAGAACUAUGUAAAGGAGCUGAAACGAAAACGCAAGCAGAAAACGUUCAUUGUUAAGCCUGCAAAUGGAGCCAUGGGCCAUGGGAUAUCUCUGAUUCGGAAUUGUGAAAAGCUCCCGGUGCAGGAUCACUUCAUUGUGCAGGAAUACUUAGACAAGCCAUUCCUCAUGGAGGGCUACAAGUUUGACCUGAGAUUUUACAUUCUUGUUACUUCCUGUGAUCCGCUACGUGUAUUCCUCUACAACGACGGCCUGGUGCGAAUGGGUACAGAGAAAUACCAUAUGCCAAACGAGUCAAACCUGAACCAGCUGUACAUGCACUUGACAAACUACUCGGUAAACAAACACAACGAGAACUUUGAGCGAGAUGAAACGGUGGACAAAGGCAGCAAGCGCUCUAUUGGUUGGUUCACAGAGUUCCUUCGAACCAACGAUUACGACGUGGCCAAAUUCUGGGGCGAUGUAUCAGAGCUGGUGGUAAAGACCCUGAUAGUGGCCGAGCCACAUGUGCUUCAUGCCUACCGAAUGUGCCGCCCAGGCCAGCCACCAGGGAGCGCCAGCGUCUGCUUUGAGGUGCUGGGUUUUGACAUAAUCCUCGACCGCAAGCUCAAGCCCUGGCUGCUAGAGAUCAAUCGUGCGCCGAGUUUUGGUACAGAUCAAAAGAUUGAUUACGACGUGAAGAAGGGGGUUUUGCUCAACACCCUGAAACUGCUCAACAUCAGAGCGAGUGAUAAACGACGGAAUUUGGCCCGGCAGAAGGCGGAAGCCCAGCGACGACUGUACGGACAGGGAUCAAUGCGGAAACUGACGGCCGGAUCAUCGGAAUGGGAGAAACAGCGUCACCUACUAGAGCGCAGGAGAGAAGAGCUGAAAGAAAGACUGGCCCAAGUUCGCAAGCAGGUCUCCAGGGACGAGCACGAAAAGCGGCACCUGGGGAACUACAGACGUAUUUACCCCCCAGAUGACAAGCUGCUCUUGGAGAAAUAUGAGAGUCUCCUUUCAGCUGCCUUUCAGACAUUCCUCGCUGGGCGAGCAGCUUCACUUCAAAAGGAAGUGAAUAAUCCACUGAAACGAAUGAAGGAAGAAGAUAUCCUAGACCUCCUGGAGCAGUGUGAACUGGAUGAUGAGAAACUGAUGGGAAAAACCUCCAAACAGAAAGGACCUAAGGUCCUGUCAUCCAUGCCUGAGAGCAGCCCAACACCCCGAGGGCACAGGGACCCUGAAGACUCUUCGCCUAGUUGCAGCGACAGCAGCUCUGCUUCCGACGCUGAUGGAGAAGAUGAGAGCAUCAGCAUCACGCAAGAGAAACUCAAUCGCCCCGAACGCUCCAGUCGUGUUCAUUGGAAACCUGCCUCUAAACCAAUACGAGGUCCUUCCUUCUCGCCCAAUCUUUCCGGGCUCAUCCGCCGUUCCAUGUCCUGUCCGCGCUCCAUAACCUCUCUGACUGCGCAGUCACCUACCAAUGAGACCAGGCGGCCAAAAACAGCCACACACAUGACUAAUGCAUCGACUGCGACGGCUCAAACUGCAGCCACCAUGACGCAGGGGGAGGCCCCGCUGAGUAAAGAGCAGGAGGCCGCGCUGAUGCAGCAGACGCUGGCUGCGCUCGGGGAGAUGAAGAUUCGUUACCCGGGGAAGAGUGAGGAGGAGGCCGAGGCCGUGUUGGAUGAGAUUCUGAACAACUGGAAAUACCAUAAACAAAAAGUGGCAUCUUACUGGCUGGUGAAGUUAGAUGCCAUCAAACAAAGGAAGGUUUUGGAUAUUGUUCGUUCCAACAUCCGCUUGGUGCUGCAGAGGAUCUGGAGUGAACCGGAUGUGGAGAGUUUACGUCUUUAUCACCUUUUCAAUCGCGUGUUUAACCGUCUUCUCUGGAGUCAUGGUCAGGGGCUCUGGAACUGCCUCUCCAGCUCUGGCAGGUCAUCAUGGGAGAGUGUUUUCAGUAAGAGCAGUGAGGUGGUGACCACGCAGGAGCGGAGGUGCUGCCAGCGUGUUGUCCAGUUGUGUAGAGACUGUCUGCUUGUAGUCUACAAGUUUGUGGCUGACUCCCGUGGUUCGCUCAGUGGACUUAGCCCAGACUGGGAUGACACAAGGUAUCUGCUGCCAGUCACCUCCCAGUUCAUCAUCAAGUGGCCGUCUUCUAGCUUCGGCCGCUCUAUGUCCUCCACUCGCCCCCGAAGCGCCUUUCCCGCACGGAUGGGUCACUUCUGAUGGCCACUGAACUCCAACAUCUUCUAGGGGAGACCAUAUCCAGACUUUAGAUAUCCAGACCUAAGGGCAUAACAUCUGAGAUCUUCACAAACUCCAGCAGCAUAUCUGAAGGGGUCAUAUGAUGUUUCUAAAAAUAACAUUAUUUUGUGUAUGUGGUGUAAUGAAGUGUGUUUAUGCAGUUUAAGGUUCAAAAAACACAUUAUUUUUCACAUGCUGUACAUUAUUUUUUCU